AUGGAGAGGGUCUUAUUCGGAAAUCCCAUGAGGUAUAUCGGCUCUACAAAAGAUAUCGAUCGUCAGGUGCUGAUCACUCUCUUGGAGAAGGACCUGGAUGAACUUGGAAUGCAGAUCAGAUCGUCGCCCUUAAGUAGUAAGUCUAGCACGCGCAAACCACUUGACUGCACUGGUUUAAUCGCCUUUCUACAAUCUCCCGUGAGUGUAUUAUACCUCCUCACGACCUGUGCAUUCCUGCUCCUCAAGGCCCUCAAAUCUCGCUACUCACAAUACCUGGACUUCGAAGGGGGCAAGAAAUCCUUCAACGCAAGUGUGCUUGCUCUGCCACGUUGGUCCGUGACAAACAACGACCUGUCUGGCCGGAUAGCGGAGAUCUUGCUCUUACUCUGGCGAGGACUUGAUGCAUCGAGUGCGAAGACCGAGGACGAACCCAGAUUGAGGCUUCACAGCCGAUAG